UAGACACUGGUCUGAGACAGCUGUGUUCUUCAAUUAAAUACAACUAUAUUUACCCAAUCAGGGGCAAUUAAGAAAACCAUAGCCAGAUUAUAUCAACAUCCUCAACUAAUACAAACAACAGACAUCACCUGUCGCAAUUACAUCACCCUUUCUGUUGGUUAUAUAGGAAAUGAGUGAUGGUCCACAAUUCCACCACUAGAGGGCACAGGAGGACAGAAUGGAUCCCUGGUGGUCCAAGUGUUAGAAGUCACUGCUUUUGAAGUUUGCAUGGAAUCUAUUAGUAUUGAUGUGCUUAAAUCGUAAGUAAAGGUUUCUAAGCAAAGCAACCAUCUUAAGAAAUGUAACUAGUAUCUUUGAAUAUGAGCUAAAUAUCAGUUCUAGAUGUCUGACUCCUGACGCACUGUGGGCCUCAAAAUACUUCUGAUUUGUUAUUGAAGAUAUCAAACACACCAGCCCAUUAUCUGUUCACAUGAUCUCUUCGACAUCUAUACUACAAACAGUUUUUAACAUUUUCCAGAAUAUUGUAUAUGUUAGACUGACCGCAUGUCGAAGCAGUGCAGGCGAUUGUUUAAAUGCUUCAUAGAGUACAUUGCUUGGAAGCCAUUGAAGAUACUCUCUGUUACUCAGGUCAAUUCAGAAUGUAAAAGCACCACACACUUAUCAACUGAAGCUCAGACAUUAAUACAACACACACACACACACACACACACACACACACACACACACACACAGUUUCCUCAGGAAAAAGCAUAAUUGUCAGCUACAAUACAACCAGUCAGGAAACCGGGUGAGCACAGUGCUCUCCUGAGCAACAGUGGAGAUACACACACAGUGGAUGACAUUCCACUGAGACACUGCACAAGUAUUUGAUCCCUGAGCACAAGCAUCAUGCCCAUCCUUAAAAACCUUCCAGGGAGGACCAGGAAUAAUCAUGGGAACAGUGAACUCAUCCUGCCCAGGUUAAACUUGGACCUGAGUCCCUUUGAGGAGGUGAACCUGGAGGAGGAGAGGAAUGAGGGCGACCCCCCCAUUUUGGUGGGCCGUGGAGCAAAAUCCCUCCAGUGCAGGUUGUCGCGAGAUGGGGAAGAGGAGGGGAAUGAGGUGAACAUGGAGAAGCACGGCACCGGGGCCCCUAAAGGAGGAAGACCCCUGAGGGGGACUCUGGAGCGACUGUGCGGCUCUUCCCCCCUGAAGACCCUGGGGAAGUUGGGUAAGGGGCUGCGUAUGUCGGGGUGCAGCGUGUGGGGGACCAGCCCGUCCCUGCGAAGCCCCACGGACCCCCACUCGCCCCCGCCAGAGAAAGAGAAGAGGAAGGGCAUCCGCAGGAGCUCAGAGGAGAUCAUGACCCUGCUACGAUUUGCAGGGCGGCGGAAGCAGACACAGCGUAGAGAGAGUCUGCCCUGCGGGGACCUGGGCAUUGACAGCGAGGAUGAGUCUCGCCGCCGGCCCUCCUUCCUCAGGAUGGUCAACCUUAGCAAACUGAAGAGGGAGUCCCUGUCGGACCACAACUCCCAGGAGGCCGACAAGGAGCUGGAGGAGGAAGAGCCAGUGGUCAAACCUAGGGAACCACUCUCAGUGCUGGAGAUCCUACAGCUGGUCAACCAGAGGGACCUCCUCCUGGCCGACACACACAUCCAGGAGCUGGAGCACGAGUGCGAGCUACUGGCCUUCCUGCCACAUCCCUCCACGCCUCCAUCCACACCCCCCGGAGUGACCCCUACUGGGUCCUUCGACAACCCCUCCAGUCCCAACGCUUCACGGGACGCCAGCAGGCGCAAGGCCAAGGAUGUGGAGCUGCUGUAUGAGGCCCUGCAGAAGGAGAUGUGGGACGUGGUGAGGGAGUCCCUCCGCCAGCCAACGGCCGGGCCCAACCUGGGACUAGUGGUGCUGGUCAUUCAGCAGGAGGAGCAGGCUGACAUGUCCCAGGCCCAGAGAAAAGAGACCCAGACCCAGCCCGUAAGGGAGGGCCUCCAGCCCUAUCAUAGCCAGAGGCCCCGUCAGCUCAAGCUGAAAUGGCGGCAGGCGGUGGCGGAGGCGGCAGACUGGAGCCUGCCGCAGCAGGUGGACACUCAGGCGGGGCAACUGGCCUCAUACCUGGAGAGGUUAAGGGGACGCAUGGUGGACGACCUGGACGCGGCACGGCGGAACGUGGUGUCGGUCUACCCGGAGGAGUUCCAGGCCUUCCAGGUGUAUGUACAGAGCUACCACCGGGCGGUGGCCAGACGCCUGAAAAUCAUUACCAGCUCCCAGCUUCAGAUCACUGACGUUUACUCUAUGCUGGACUGGUUCUACAACAUCUACAACAGGGAUGUCCUGGGCACCGUUGGCAUGAAAACCCCAAUUAACUACUCCCGACUGGAACCCCUACUGCACCAAGACACAGUGGACCAACUGGAACAGGACUGCCUGAACACUGUCAGGGAGAAGGUGUCCACAGAGCUCACUCAGGUUCUGGAUGAGGAGGAGAGGCGGUGGGCCCAAACGCUGCACAUAGAGGAGUACCAGUCCAGUCUGGCCCGCUCUGUCAUCCAGAGACUAAAGGUAGACCUGGACAGAUCCACAGCUGUAAGCCCGUUUCUGGGGGCCAGGGUGGCCCGCUGCAAUCUCAAUGGACUGUCUGACUUCCUAUAUAGUUUCCAGAGAAAGGUGGAGAUGUUCCAUGAGACCCAGGCUGAGUUUGGGGACCGGGGCGAUGGAUACGUCUCCAGGACCAUCUCUCUGGUCAACUGCUGCCCGCCUCUCAGAUCCUUUGUACAGCGUUGCAGGCAGUGUGACCCACAGAGCAAUGAGGAGUCCACACAGGGAGCUAACUCCUCCCUGGACAGGAUUGUUAACCAAUCAGUGAGGGUUCUGACGGAAAGACUAUUUGAGCACAUCAGGCCGUUCUUUGACAAGCUGGUGAAAAGGAAGUGGCUAAACAACACUGAGGCCUUUGAAGCCAUCGAAGCAAGCGUCAAACAACACUUUAAGAAGUUCAGAAGAAUGGACUGCCCACCUUAUCAGAUACUGGUGGGGGAGAUACACAGGCGGGUUUUGGUGGAGUAUUUGCGUGCGAUCAUGCGAGGACGGGUCAUCUGCACAUCAUCGAAGAUGAGGAAGAGGAUGGCAUUCCGACUGCAGGACGAGGCCAAGCAGCUCAAAGGGCUCUUUAAAGACCUGGAGUCAGGAUCCUCUUGGCUGGACAGUGUCCUCACUCACCUGGCUGACAUCAUUCUCCUGGAGGACACUCCGUCCAUCCAGAUGGAGGUUGCUGUUCUGGUGAAAGAGUUUCCAGACAUACGGAAGAAGCACAUCUCCACCCUGCUAAAUGUGCGGGGGAUGAUACGACAGGCAGAGCGCCAAGAGAUCUUGAACGUGGUCCGAGACUUUGAGAGCAGCAACAGCUCUACCCUGCCAUGCAGGGAUCAUGCCCUCUUCUCGGACAUCCCAGUCACCUCCGAGGUACAUUGCAUCAACCUGGGCCUCAUCCGUGUUGCCAUGACCGUCGCCAACUGGUUCUCAGAGGCCCGGCUUCGACAACACCGUAAGAGAAGCCCCAGGAACAGAACCACGCUGCCACCGGAACAACUGAAAGAGGACAAGGAUAUGGAUUAUGAUUGACUUCAAGGAAAUCGUAUGUAGUUGAUGCACAUUAAGUGUUUGGUAGAACAGAGGCUCGCUCACCCGUAAUUCUGUAUCCAUGUGUGCAUCUCUAUGACUACUUGAUACUGAAUGAGCUUUAAGAUCGAAUUGUUUGGAUUUCUGCUUUAAAUAAGAGAAGUAGAAGUUUGUUGAUGACGACACUUCGAAGAGUACUCAAUCUUAAAUUCUGUCAUAUGUGCUGCGACUACUACAAUGGGCCAAAAUCACAAAUUACUGUGAAACUUACUACUACUGAUAAGAAAUGCAAAGUCCCCAUAGAAACAUGAAAUUAAAUGUUUUUAAUUCAUCUGUAAAUGAUCUUCCCACUCAUUUACAGACAUUUGAAUGGAUAGCGAUAAUAAGAAGAACUUGACAUCAGGUACCACAGAUACAAGCCCAUCUACUGUACUUCAAGCUCAGAUUUUUCUUAAUGUUUAGAAUAAUUUUGUAAACCUCAUUGGGUAACACUUUACAUUAAGGAGUAAUUGUAUACAUCCAUAAGUAGUUAAUAAACUGCUUAAAGAUAGCUUACAUGACUGCACAAUUUUAACCAAUGUGUUAUAACUGUUUAACUAACCACUAAUGGUUUAUAAAAUACGUAUAAACCUUUAGUAAAUAAUUUUAAGUAAACCUCAAUGUAAAGUGUUACCGAUUUAAAUAAAUUCUCUGGUACUUUAGAAUACCUUUUAGCCAGUAGUUCUGAAAGGACCACUCAUGAGCCAAAAGUGGUCCCCAGAAAUUGCACACUGUCACAUACAGUAUGUGCAGAUAUGUGCACU